AUGGCGACCGCUAUCUCUAAACCGACGCCCCAUACCCAGAAGAUGAAGCGGCCGCCCCCGCCUUUCGGCCAGGCCGCGGUCAACGGAGUCAAGGGCCACCACCUUUCAUCCUCACCCACAUCUGCCGCUAAACGCCCCCCGACAAGUUCCACGAUCAACGCCGGCUCCCAUCUCACAAACGGCGCAGGUCAUAUGCCCAAUUCCACCGCAAAAGGACCCCUUAAUCGGACCAGGAAUCAGGCGCAACGGACGAUUGAUCAAUCCUCGCGAUCUGGCCGGCCAGUGACGAGGACAGCAGUCUCUGACAAUGCGCACCGAGUGGGGAAAAAGGCGCCCGAGCCCUAUGUGAAAACAACAUCUUACAUCCUCAAGAAAUACGCAAAAUGUCCGCCAUCUCUGACCGUGCAUUUGCACCCAACGCACUUCCGAUUUGAGCAGCAAGAUGGGAGUUUCCCUUACAACUCUGAGAUGAAGGUCAUUAUUGAACACAUUCGAGCUGGGACAGUACCUCACGAUCUUAUUGAGGAGCUUUUGCGAGGCGGUGUUCCUUUCUACGAAGAUUGUCUUAUUGUCCGCGUCGUGGACCACAAAUCUGCCUGUGCGCAAGCAAGAAAGACAUCCACAACAUCUUCCAACGAGAAUAACACGCCUUUCUCUCUUCACAAUUACAAUGAGCAUGUCACGCCAUCGCCCUACGUUCCAUACCCGAAGCAAACUCAAUUCCCAUCCGCAACACAAGGGACGAAGACCGAAAGUGCCUCAAACACCAACCAAUCUUCAGAUGUCUCGGCGCCCAGCGAGCAGUCGGAAAAACAGGCAGUUUCCACAUCUCAGAAAGAUGAUGCCCCCCUCAAGCCUCGAGUGUUCACCACGGUCCUUCAUCCUACCGCGCGGAGCUUGCAAGCAGAGUUGACAUUAUUGCUUACAACGCCCAAAGAACCGCCGACUCAACCAAACUCCACCCCAGGGGUCUCUGGCACCCAGACCGACCGUGGACAUGUCGCAAAGAGACAGAAGAUGAUGAUUGAGCCAGAACAACGUUUAGACUGUGAGGCGAAAAUUAUUCACGCCUUGGCCCCUCCUUUGUUUUUGGACCCGGUUCACAGUUUCCAGGCCGCCCAGGAGCUCAUGAAACACCUGGAAAACCCACUCCAUUGCAACCCGCCACCUUCACCCAAGCGCCGGAAGAGAACCGUUGCCGAACUUGCCGCAGACGAAGCCCUGGCCGCAGAAGAGGAGAGAUUCAUGCUUAUCAUGGACGAGCGUUUGGAGCCAACUGCGCCAGGUCCAGGUGGCGCCGCGAAAGCUGCGGCGGUGGAUGACACAGGUGGUGUGGUGCCAUUUGAGCCCCGAUUCUCGCGAUUCAAGACCAUUGAAACGAUUCGCAUGCAGCACGAGGAUAAGGCCAAGCGUGACCAUGAAACGCAGGCCAAGCAGGAUUUGAUCAAGCGACAGCAGCAGGAACAAGAACGAGAGCGACGCCGGGCAAUCGAACAGCGACAGGCCGAAGACCACGCCAAGGAGGAAACACGGCGACAGCAAAUUGCAGCUCAGCAAGCGCAGGCUCAACUUGCAGCCCAGCAACAGAAUCGUCACCCUAUGGCUCAGCCAAAUGGUGUCAGCCAAGGACAGCAGUCUUCACCUGUUGUACGUAACCAGACCCCCCAUACCGCUUCAUCGCCACUGGUUGGUAACCCUAUGCCCAUGCAGGCGGUUCCAAUGUCCAUGACCGCAUCUGGAUCUGGAAGUCCCCCACGACCCCCCUCUGCCCUUCAGCAUGCGCACCCCAAUGUCAUGAGCCACCCGAUGGCACCUUCGAGAAGUCAGCAAGGACCAAGUCGACAUGGCACUCCACAGAUGUCUCAAGGCACACCAGCCAUGUCGCAUGCUACACCGAUCAUGCGAAAUGUAACACCUACCCAGCGUAUGGGACAUGGCAGCCCCAACAACCCAAUGGGCCAGACACCUGUCAUGAACCAAGCAAUGGGUAACACCAACCAGAUGAACGGCAUGCAAUUCACCCCGCAGCAGCAGCUGAUGCUGCAGCAACACCGACAGCAACAGAUUCUUGCGGCGCAACAAGGUCAUAUGCAACCCAAUCAUUUCACACCACAACAACUUGCCCAAUUGCAAGCCAACGCACACGCCCAACAAAACAUCCAAAACCACCAACAGCAACAACAGCUUCUCCAAGCUCAGCAGCAACAAGGCAACCAGCCUGUUCAAAAAGUUCCUCAACAUGGCCAACAGGCUUACCAGGCGCAGCUCAUGCGCGCCCAAUAUGCUCAAAUGCAAAUCGUCAAGCAACAGCAAGGCGGGCAACAUCAGCAGAUGGGGGGCCAGCCGAACCAGCAACACCAAAACACUCAACAAUUGACGCCACAACAGCAGCAACAGAUGCUCAUGGCUGCUGCUCAGGCAAACGGGGCUCAGAUGGGUCAGAAUGGGCAGACUAUCAAUCCUGCACAAAGAUAUACACAGCUAUAUCAACAGCGAUUGCUCCGUAUGCGACACGAAAUGUCCCAACGAUACAUGGCUCAGUAUGGCCCGCCCAACCAGUACCCACCAAGCAUCGCGCAACAAUAUGGCCCCGGUCUAGAAAAGACAGCCAAGGCGUGGGUUCACGAGGUCAUGCGUCGCGAGCGAGAAAAUGGCCAGCAGCAACAGCGUGCUUUGCAGGCCCAGCAAAUGCAAGCACAGGGCUCGAUGCACAGCAUGGGCGGAAUGAACAACUAA